AUGAGCGCCACAACACUCACAGACAUCGCCAACAUACUAGCCAAUGUCUCCAGAGAAGAAUACAUCGCCGACUUUCUCAAACACGAAGUCUCAAAACUUCACUCGAGAGAAACAUGUUGGCCCCAAUCGGGGGUCUCUGGUCUCUCUAUGCUGCUUCGCGCAAACUUGUCAGAGACACAGUCGUGGGAUAGCAGUAUUAUUCACCAAGGCCCAUACUCCUUCAAUAGCACUGGGAAUUCAUACUCAGUGGACUUCGCUACGAAAGAGUUUGUUGUUAAUGGUGUUGAUCAAGAUACUUAUAUCACAUUAUCUUAUGUUCAUGCUUUGAGCCUCAUCAUUGCAUUCUUCUUGGUCUACCCUAUCAUCCUACUCAUGGAGUCGACGACAGUGCUUUGCGAUCUUAUCAAUCGCCCUGUAGCAAAGCAUACCGUUCAAAAAUGGGAAUCAGCCUUACGAGCCGCUGUGUUCACGCCACUCGUCAUCGCUGGACUGGUAGCGGGGAUAAUAGCCAUGGGUUCAUCAGACCAUUUCAGAACAGAACAUGGGAUACUAGGCCUCAUCACAGUAGUUUUCGCAGGCUUCGCCUCGAUCCUCUACUUCUUCAGCUUCUUCUCCACACGGUCCCUCCAACGCACACUCUCCGGCACACGCUGGUUACAAAACAUCCACUACUUCGACAUGUUUGUCUGCCAAGUAAUCCUCAUGCUAUCCGGCUUCGCACUCACAGACGGGUUUGAUGAUCUUUCAGUGAUGGGGCUGUGCUAUAUACAGAUUUCUACGGCUUGGGCUGUUUCUUUGGGGAUGAUUGCGGCGUUUGUGUGGAAUAGUGCUAUGGUGCUGAUGACGGCGCAGUGGUUUCUUGUUAGGAGGGCUAGACCUGGAAAUACUAUGGCGAUUAAGGAAGCUACAAAGAAACGAGGUCAAAUCCCCGGCCCUAAAGGCCUUCCCGUACUGGGUAAUCUCUUAGAUCUCGACAUCAACGACUCUCUCACAUCAUUAAUCUCCAUAGCACCCAUCUUCGCUAUCGCAGUCGGCAGCCAAAGGGAGGUCAUGGUUUGCAGCCGUGAUCUCGCCGACGAACUAUGCGACGAAACACGAUUCCACAAACUCGUCACCGGCGGCGUUGAUAAACUUCGUCCGUUGGCUGGUGACGGUCUUUUUACGGCGCAGCAUAAUAAUCAUGAUUGGGGUGUUGCGCAUCGGAUUCUUAUGCCGCUUUUUGGACCGUUAAAGAUUAGGGAGAUGUUUGAUGAUAUGCAAGAUGUUGCUGAACAACUCUGUCUAAAAUGGGCACGGCUAGGAUCUUCUGCCACCAUCGACGUAGCCAACGACUUCACCCGCCUAACCCUCGACACCAUCGCCCUCUGCACAAUGAACUACCGCUUCAACAGCUUCUACAGCAAUGAGAAGAUGCAUCCUUUCGUGGAAAGCAUGGUCGCCGCCCUCACCGAUGCCGAGAAACAAUCCAUGCUUCCUGACUUUAUCGGAGCUUUCAGAAUAAAAGCCCUGAACUCAUUCCGCAAGCACUCGGAGUCGAUGAAGACUACAUGCAGGGACCUCAUCGAGGAACGACGCAGACAUCCUGUUGAAGGUGCGGAUUUGUUGAAUGCGAUGAUGCAGGGUAAGGAUCCGAAGACGGGUGAGGGUAUGAGCGAUGAGUUGAUCGUUGGGAACUUGAUCACCUUUUUGAUCGCGGGACAUGAAACGACUUCGGGACUUUUGUCGUUUGUCUUUUACUACCUUCUCAACAACGAGAGAGUUCUUGACAAGGCAAGGCAAGAAGUCGACGAUGUCAUCGGCGACGGCAACUUGACAGUUGAUCAUCUUGCCAAGAUGCCAUACAUCAACCAGAUCCUCCGCGAGACCCUCCGUCUCAUGCCCACAGCGCCAGGCUUCUACGUCACACCCGAAAAAGACGAAAUCAUCGGUGGAAAGUACGCUGUUCCUGCCGGCGAGCCUCUGCUCCUCUUCUUGCAUCUUAUUCAUCGCGAUCCCGCGGUUUGGGGUCCUGACGCCGAGGACUUUAAACCUGAACGCAUGGCAGAUGAGUUCUUUGAAGCGCUGCCCAAGAAUGCUUGGAAGCCUUUUGGAAAUGGUAUGCGAGGUUGUAUCGGGAGGGAAUUUGCAUGGCAAGAAGCCAAACUGGUCAUUGCCAUGAUCCUUCAGAACUUCGACCUUCGAAAGGCUGAUCCGAAUUACAAACUCAAGGUCAAAACAUCCCUCACCAUCAAACCCGAAGGCUUCAACAUGCAUGUCAAACUCCGCAACGACCGCAAACCAACCUCCCUCUUCAAGACCAGCAGCUCUCAACCAUCACUCUCCAGUCGACAGAGCAUUGCGCCCAUCAACGCAAAGGACCUGAAGCCUAUUUCUAUCUUCUAUGGUUCGAACACGGGAACUUGUGAGGCUCUUGCGCAGAAACUUUCUGCUGAUUGCGUCGCUGCUGGAUUUAUGCCUUCGAAGCCUCUGCCGCUUGAUAUGGCGACUAGGAACCUGUCCAGGGAUGGUCCGAAUGUUAUUCUUGCGGCGAGUUAUGAUGGACGGCCUUCUGAUAAUGCGGGGGAGUUUGUGAAGUGGGCUGAGGGAUUGAAGAAGGGCGAGUUGGAGGGUGUUCAGUUUGCGGUUUUCGGAUGUGGUCAUAAGGAUUGGGUCUCUACACUCUUUAGAGUUCCCAAGGUCCUGGAUAAGUGUCUAGCGGACGCAGGUGCCGAGCGUCUCGUCGAGAUUGGUCUUACGGAUGCGAGCACUGGUCGGCUGUACUCUGACUUUGAUGAUUGGGAGAACCAGAAGUUCUUCGCUGAACUUGCCCACCGUCAUGGUGUUGCGACUGUCGAUGAUUCCCACCUUGGACUCGACGUCACCGUCAUUCAGUCUCAGAGCACUGAUGUAGGCUGCAAUUUCAAGCGCGCUGAAGUCGUCGAGAACACACUCCUCACCAACCCCGGUGUGCCAAGGAAGCACAGUCUUCUGGUCAAACUCCCGAAGGAUAUGAGUUACACGCCUGGUGAUCAUGUCUUGAUACUGCCGAAGAACCCACCCCGGUUGGUUCAACAAGUCAUGUCCUAUUUCGGUGUGGACAGUGACACUGCUCUGACGAUCUCUUCUCAACGACCAACAUUCCUGCCAACUGAUAGACCUAUCCUCGUUUCGAACCUGUUCAGUUCACUAGUCGAGCUUUCACAGGCUGUUAGUCGCACAACUCUCAAACGCCUAGCCGAUUUGACCAGCGAUGAGGAGACUAAGACCUGCAUCCAACUUCUCGCUGGUGAUGACUACCGCCAAGUCGAAGACCAGCGCCUAUCCAUCCUCGACGUCCUUCUCAAGUACCCAUCCAUCAACAUCCCACUAUCCACAUUCCUAUCCAUGCUUCCUCAAAUGCGUCCUCGAACGUAUUCCUUCGCUUCAGCACCGGAAUGGAAGGCUGGGCACGGUAUGCUUCUCUUCUCAGUUGUCGAAGCAGAAGGUGGUCGGCCAGGUGGCCUUGCGACGAACUACAUGACUCAGCUGAGUCCUGGUGAUCACUUACUGGUUGAGCCGCGCGCUUGUAGGCCUGAGCUUCGCACGGUGAUGGUUUCUGAACCCAAGGUUCCUAUCAUCAUGAUCGCGGUGGGCGCUGGUCUUGCUCCAUUCCUUGGAUACCUGCAGAAGCGCUUCCUGGACAAUAAGCUCCAGCAGACGAACAUCCCGCCUUGCACUCUGUUGUUCGGCUGCCGCGGCGCAAACAAGGAUGAUAUCUGCCGCGCCCAACUCGACGAGUACUCCCACGCAGGCGUCGUCUCAGUCCAUCGCGCAUACAGUCGCGAUGCAGAUGCUGAGUGUAAGUACGUGCAGGAUUUAGUGAAGAAGCAUGGAGAUAUGUUAGCUCGACAGUGGGGUCAGGGUGCUGUUGUGAUGGUUUGUAGUGGUAAGAAGGUCUCUGAUGGUGUGAUGGAUGUUUUGAGCCCUAUUCUUUUCGGUGAGGAGAGACGGUUGGGGAUGACGAGUGUUGAGGGUGUUGAUGUUUGGAGGAAGAAUGUACCUAAGGAGCGUUUGAUCUUGGAGGUCUUUGGAUAG